UUGCUGCCGGCUCAGCCCUUUUCCUUUGGGAUGGGGAUGAGUUGCACGGGGGGAGGCAGCGCGGAGGCUGCGGGGCUGUGCCUGCCUGUACAGGUGUGCACAGCGCGGAGGAAUGCCAGCCACUGAGUCACGGCCCCCUCCCACCUGGCCAGCAUAAAGCCCGGCCUCACCUGGGCACGGGGCUCAGCACUCGGCUCGCACCUUUGGGCACCGCGGGAUGGAGGAACGUGGAGAACGAGGUCAAUCUUUGGGCAUGUGAGCCCUGCGGGACGGAGAUCGGCGUUUAACCGGAAAGAGAAAGGGGACAGAAAAAUAGAGCGGAGGGAAUAAAAGGGAAAAGAAAAAAAAAAAAAAAAAGGAAGAAAAGGCCCAGCCCAGAGCUGAGCCGGUGGCAGCGGAGCACUGCGUUCCCUGCUGCUGUUGGAGGAAUUCCUUGGCUCGCUGUGUGGGUGCUGUUCUUCGGGUCACGGCGGAGGUUUGGACGCUGUCAGCACCGGCGCUAAUGAGGAGGAAGAGGAUGGCCACGCUGCCAGGGCCGUGUGUGGGGCUGCUGCUGCUGGCCCUGCUCUGCACCACCAUUCUUGGCCAACGGAGCAGAAAUAACCGCUGUGUGCAGAGCCGGGCAAAGAGCUGCACCGAGUGCAUCCGUGUGGCCAAGGAGUGUUCCUUCUGCACCGAGGAGAGCUUUGAGGAGCCGCGCUGUGACCUGCGGGAGAACCUGCUGCGCUAUGGCUGCGGGGAGGCCGGCAUCGUCUACACGAGGGGCGAGAUGCACACUCAGCAGAACAUCAGCAUCAACACAUUCCUGCAGAGGACCCAGGUGGCCCCCCAGGCCAUGUUCAUGAGGCUGCGGGCUGGGGAGGAGAUGAGCUUCAAUAUGGACGUCUUCCAGCCCCUGGAGAGCCCCGUGGAUCUCUACAUCCUUAUGGAUUUUUCCUACUCGAUGUCUGAUGACCUGGAUAAUCUCAAGAGCAUGGGGCAAAACCUGGCCGAGUUCCUGCAAGCACUCACCUCCAAUUACACCAUCGGCUUUGGCAAGUUUGUGGACAAAGUCUCAUCCCCACAAACAGACAUGAGACCCGAAAAGCUCCGUGAGCCAUGGAACAACGCUGACUCCCCCUUCUCCUUCAAGAACGUCAUCCGCCUGACCAACAACAUCAACUACUUCAGCCAGGAGCUCAGGAAGGAACGCAUCUCUGGAAACCUGGAUGCACCUGAGGGUGGCUUCGAUGCCAUCCUGCAGACUGCUGUUUGCAAGGACAAGAUUGGUUGGAGGAAGGACAGCACACACUUGCUUGUAUUCUCCACUGAGUCAGCCUUUCACUACGAAGCUGAUGGCACCAAUGUCCUGGCAGGGAUCCUGGCGAGGAAUGAUGAGGAGUGUCACCUGGACACCCAUGGCACCUAUGUGUAUGACACCAAGCAGGACUACCCCUCGGUGCCCACGCUGGUGCGCCUGCUGGGUCAGCACAACAUCAUUCCCAUCUUUGCUGUCACCAACCACUCCUACAGCUACUAUGAGAAGCUGCACAAAUAUUUCCCCAUCUCUGAGAUAGGGGUGCUGCAGGAGGACUCAUCCAACAUAGUGGAACUGCUUCGUACAGCCUUUGAGCGCAUCCGCUCCAAGAUGGACAUCCGAGCUGACUUUGUCCCCAAGGCCCUGAAGACGGAAUUCAUCUCCUCAAUGUAUGAAAAGACGGAAUCUGGGUCCUUCCACAUCACCCGUGGGGAAGUGGGUAAGUUCCAGGUGCGGGUGAAGGCUCUGGAGCACGUUGGUGGGCAGCACGUCUGCACCCUCCCUGAGAAGGACCGGCAGGGCAUUAUCCAUGUGAAACCCACCUCACUGAGCGACAGCCUCCAAGUCCAAGCCUCCGUCGUGUGCGACGUGUGUCCCUGUGAGCAGCAACCAGAUUUCCGAUCACCCAAGUGCAGCUUUCAUGGGGACUUCAUCUGUGGGCAGUGCAUCUGCCAUGCAGGCUGGCGAGGGGACACGUGUGACUGCUCUCCGGCCUCAUCCCUCAACAACGAAGCCUGCAUCCGCCCUGGGGAUGUGGAGCCAUGCUCAGGUCGGGGCGAAUGUCUCUGUGGGAAGUGUCAGUGCUACCCUGAGGACCUGAUGCAGCGCUUUGAUGGGGACUUCUGCCAAUACGACGUGCUGCAGUGCCCGCGCACCUCCGGCUUCCUCUGCAACGAUCGUGGUCGCUGCUCCAAGGGCGCAUGUGUGUGCGAGAGCGGCUGGGAGGGUCCUGGCUGUGAGUGUCCCACGAGCAAUGACACCUGCAUUGACAGCAGGGGGGGCAUCUGCAACAACCAGGGGAGGUGUGAGUGCGGACGGUGCAUCUGUGACAAGGCAUCCCUGUACACCAGCUCCACCUGCGAGAUCAGCUACUCCCUGGGCUUCCAGGCCGUGUGCGAGAGCAUCAGGGACUGUGUGCAGUGCCAGGCCUGGGGAACAGGCAACAGGAAGGGGAACUGCAGCACAUGCCACCUCCACGUGCAGAUGGUGGAGGAACUGAAGAAAGAGGAGGCCAAUGAGCACUGCUCCUUUCAGGAUGAAGAGGAUGACUGCACCUAUCACUACACACUGGAGGGAGACCCCAGUGUUCUCCCCAAUGCCACCGUCCAGGUGCAGAAGAAGAAAGAGUGCCCUCCUGGCAGCUUCCUCUGGCUCAUCCCACUGCUCAUUUUCCUCAUCCUGCUCCUGGGGCUGCUGCUGCUGCUGUGCUGGAGGUUCUGCGCCUGCUGCAAGGCUUGCCUGGCCCUGCUCCCCUGCUGUGCACGAGGUCGCACUGUUGGCUUUAAGGAGGACCACUACAUGCUCCGCCAGAGCCUCAUGUCCUCAGACCACCUGGACACCCCCAUGGUGCGCAGUGGAUCCCUCAAGGGUCGGGACACCGUCCGCUGGAAGAUCAACAACAACGUCCACAAGCAGGGUUUCACCUCCCACGCUGCCCUCAACCCCAAGGACCUCAUUCCCUAUGGGCUGUCGCUGAGGCUGACACGGCUCUUCACGCAGAACCUGGUGAAGCCAGAGAGCCGGGAGUGCGAGCAGCUGCGCAAGGAAGUGGAAGAGAAUCUGGAUGACAUCUACAAGCACAUCCCAGGCUGCUACAAGCCCCAGCAGACCAAGUUCAGGGUACAGCCCAAUUCUGGGAAGAGACAGGACCACACCAUUGUGGACACGGUGCUCACCGCCCCUCGCUCUGCCAAGACAGAGAUCAUCAAGGUCACUGAGAAGCACGUUUCCCACGAGGCUUUCAAUGACCUGAAGGUUUCACCAGGAUACUACACUGUGACCUCUGACCAAGAUGCUCACGGCAUGGUGGAAUUCCAAGAAGCUGUGGAGCUGGUUGAUGUCCGCGUCCCACUCUUCAUCAGGGAGGAUGAUGAUGAUGAGAAGCAGCUGCAGGUGGAGGCCAUCGAUGUCCCCACCGGCAUCGCACAGAUUGGACGCAGGAUUGUCAACAUCACCAUCAUCAAGGAACAAGCCAGCAGCCUCAUCACCUUCCUGCAGCCAGCCUAUUCCCACAGCCGCUUUGAUAAGGUGGCCAAGAUCCCUGUCCUGCGGGAGAUCAUAGACAACGGGAGGUCCCAAGUUACCUACAGGACCCGAGAUCUCACUGCCAAGGAAGGCAGGGACUACGUCUUCACAGAAGGUGACCUGGUCUUCCAGCCCGGGGAGACCCGAAAGGAAGUGCAAGUCUCCCUGCUGGAGCUAACUGAGAUAGACACCCUCCUGCACAACCGCCAGGUCAAGCAAUUUGCCAUCGACCUCCUCCAUCCCAAGUAUGGGGCCAAGAUUGGCCGAUACCCCCAGGCUACGGUGACCAUUGCUGACCCAGAGGUGGUGGAUGGUGUCCCCCCACUGACUGGCAUGGGCCAGCUCACCCAGUCUCCCAAAGGCCGCCUGAGUGCACCCCUUAAUCCCAGUGCCCAGGCCCUGAGCUCCAAAGAAAUCCACUUCAGUUGGUUUCCUCCAACGGGAAAACCUCUGGGGUACAAGGUGAAAUACUGGGUGCAGGGUGACCCUGAAUCCGAAGCCAACGUCAUGGAUGUCAAAUCACCAGGGGCAACACUGAAAAACCUCUAUGCCUUCUGCGACUACGAGAUGCAAGUCUGUGCCUACAAUGCUAUGGGUGAAGGGGCCUACUCUGACAUCAUACACUGCCGCACGCUGGAGAGUGUUCCCAGUGAGCCUGGUCGCUUGGCUUUCAAUGUCGUGUCUUCCACCGUGACACAGCUGAGCUGGGCUGAGCCUGCAGAAACCAAUGGGGUGAUCACAGCUUAUGAAGUCAGUUAUGGACUCGUUAAUGAUGAAAAUGUCCCCAUUGGCCCCAUGAAGAAGGUGCUGGUUGAAGACCCGAAGAAGCGCAUGGUGCUGAUAGAAAACCUGCGGGAGUCCCAGCCCUACCGCUACAUGGUGAAGGCCAGGAACGGUGCUGGCUGGGGACCUGAGAGAGAAGCCACCAUCAACCUCGCUACGCAGCCCAAGCGUCCCAUGUCCAUCCCCAUCAUUCCCGAUGUCCCCAUCAUUGAUGCUGAAGGAGGUGAGGACUACGACAGCUACCUGAUGUACAGCACGGAUGUGCUUCGCACUCCAGCUGGCAGCAAGCGUCCCAGCGUCUCUGAUGAUUCAGGCUCCCGAUGGAAAUACGUGCCGCUGCUGGGAGAAGACUUGGAUCUUCGCCGCAUCACCUGGAGGCUCCCACCUGAAACCAUUCCCCGCCUUUCUGGCAGCAGCCACCUCUCCUCGGACACCGAGGGUCUCCUCCGUGAGGAGGAUGGCGACGUGGCUACGGGCAGCCCCAUGAGGAGCGGGACCCCCCGGCCCCAAGCAGAACACCUGCUGAAUGGCCGCAUGGACUACUUCUCCGGCAGCAGCAGCACGCUGACCAGGACAGCAAACACCAGCUACCACCAGCACGUGCAGCAGGAGCACAGGGUGAUGGGGAGCUCCUCACUGACCAGAGACUACUCCACCAUGAUGUCGGGGCACGAUUCCAGGUUUCCACUGGGUGUCCCUGACAUCCCCACACGGUUGGUGUUCUCUGCUCUGGGGCCCACCUCACUGAAGGUGAGCUGGCAGGAGCCGCACUGCGAGAAGGAGGUACAGGGCUACAGCGUGCAGUACCAGCUGCUCAACGGAGGAGAGGUGCACCGCCUCACCAUACCCAACCCCAGCCAGAACUCGGUGGUUGUGGAGAACCUGCUGCCCAACCACUCCUACAUCUUCAAGGUGAAGGCACAGAGCGAGGAGGGCUGGGGCCCUGAGAGGGAAGGAGUCAUCACCAUAGAGUCCCAGGUGGACCCACAGAGCCCACUCAGCCCUGUUCCAGGUUCACCCUUCACGCUGAGCACACCCAGUGCCCCCGGACCUCUGGUUUUCACUGCCCUCAGCCCUGACUCCCUGCAGCUCAGCUGGGAGAGACCACGCAAACCCAACGGGGCCAUCCUGGGUUACAUGAUCACCUGCGAGAUGCUGCACGGAGGAGGGGAGCCCAGGAAUAUCUACGUCGAAGGUGACAAUCCAGAAACGACCCUGACUGUGCCCCACUUGAGUGAGAACGUCCCGUACAAGUUCAAAGUGCAAGCCAAGACCACUCAAGGCGUUGGGCCGGAGAGAGAAGGCAUCAUCACCAUCGAAUCUCAAGAUGGAGGAACUUUCUCACAGUUCGGAGGACAGCAGUACACAAGAGAGGUGUACAACUUCCCCAUGGAAUACACCACCAAAACCAGCAUCAGCCAUUCCUCUCUGGACCCCCACUUCUCAGACGGCAUGCUGAUGACGUCCCAGAGAGUGGAGAGUGCCAGCAGCACCCUCACCAAACAGGUCACCAAAGAGUUCAUCAGCCGCACCGUGACGUCCAGCGGGACCCUCACCAAGCAGGUGGAGAGACAGUUCUAUGAGGCCUGAGCUGGGGCAGCAGGACACUCCAUUGGGGCUGACAGAGCUUUGCAGGACCAUCCAGGAGGGCUUCACCCAGACUGUGCUUGGGCAGCUCCUCCAGACCUUCCAUGGCACUUUGAGCUCUCACACUCAAAGCUCAUGGUUGGCUCACCAGCUGUGUGCUCACCCUGCAGGACUUAUCCUCCCCAUCCUGCUCUGCAGCCUCAGUUCUGCAGAAUGUACUUGGAUCUCCUCCAUAAGCAACCACUGCUCACUCCAAUACCACUCCUCAAUGCCCACCCAUCCAAGCACACCUCCUGCUGCAGAUAUUUCUCCAUGUCUUCAUUCUCCCCAGAUAAAUCAAAGAAAAUGAUUUAUUCUCAGGUGCUCAGUUUUGAAAGGAUCCCUGCUGCCGAGAUCCUGAUUUAUAGAGGGUCACCACUUAUUGGCACAGGCUGCCAAGGGAGGGGGGGGAGUCAGCAGCCCUGGAGCCAUUCAGGAACUGUUGAGAUGUGGCACUGAGGGACAUGGUAGGGAUGGGUUGGGGUUGGACUGUAGGAUCCUAUUGGUCUUUCCAGCCUUAAUAAUUCCAUGAUUCUACAAUUUCCAUCUUUGGCCUGGGCUCUAUGGCAGCUUGGCUCUCUGCUGGAGAUGGUGGUUUUGUUCUGUUCUCUUAUACAAGAGCUGCAAGGUAGUGGGUCAAGGUGACAUCUGCUUUCUUACUGUGCCUAUUUGUGUCUGUCUUUUGCUGCUAACAGUGGUACCACACUAGCAAAGCAUACCCUUCCAUUUGAAUAGCACUACUUACGAUGUCCUCUGAUGCUUUUUUUUUUUUUUUGGCAUACAAUAUUGUACAGUUUUGGUAGUAUAUAUAUAUAUAAAUAUAUAAAUGUAUUUUAUUAUUUUAUAUUAAAACAAAAAACAAAAAAUGGAGGUGGACGAGAUCUAUGCAGAGUGACGAGGAUACAUUUGGACCAUUUGGCUGAUGGGAAGCAGUGGGAACAAUGAGUUCAGGCCCCUCUGCAGUAUCCACAUGGAUCCAUCCAAACGUUGUUCUGCCCAUAGCAGAGCACAGCAUGCUGCUCCUGGCAGCACGCAUUCCCUGUGCACACGUGUGCUCUCACAGCUGCAUUGUGCCCCAAGUGUCAUUGCUUUUUAAUUCUCACCUGGUCCCCAGGGCUGUUGGUGAUUCGGGUUAACCCAACAGCAGCUCUGUGCGCUCAAUAAAUAUUUUCUCUAC